AUGGUCCUGGCGGAUGUCAACACCCUCGUCGACCUGGACAAGGGCCUGAUCAGCCCCCGCAUCUUCAGCGAGGAAUCAAUCUACCAGGAGGAGCUGGAGCAGAUCUUCGCCCGCUGCUGGCUCUUCCUCUGCCACGAGACCCAGAUCCCCAACCCCGGCGAUUUCUUCACCACUUACAUGGGCGAGGACCCCGUACUCGUCACACCCGCGACCGGCAAGGGAAAGUUAACGCCUUCCUGA